GAACACAGCGGCAGCCUCCCCUGGGGAGGUGUGGCAUACUACCGUGCAGGAGGCCGUCUCUGGGGCAGUUAGGUCUGAGAGUACUUUGAGCUCCAUAGAGCUCCUGGCUGACCCUCGCUGAUCUCCGGAUGCCCUGGCGCUGUACGCCCAGGAGCAGAAUUCUGUCCUCAUGGACUGUAGCACAGAAAAGCCAGACCCUUUGUUGCUAGCGCAGAGCACACCGAUUGUCAGUCUGUGUGAAGUCACGACCACCGAGCAAGGCAGCAGUACCUGUCCGAAGGUCACCCUGGUCCCACCGUGUCUGACGAGCAGCGUGACCACACUGGUCGACCAGAAUGUGUCCGAGGAGGCUCAGGGAAUAAAUGGGAAGACACAAGCGAAACGCUGCACUCCAAGUCCAAAGCCACAAGUGCCUCCAAAGCCAGUACAUCUGCUGCAUUCACCUUCGUCCAAUAUACACCAAUCCCCCAGACAUAAAGCUUUAUCUAGCGCAAAACCCAGGAUGGAGGAAAUUAAACCUGCCUCUGCUUCUUGUGUCUCAAAAGAAAAACCCAGUAAGGUAUCAGAUCUCAUCAGUCGCUUUGAAGGAGGCAGGGCAUUGUCGAGUUACAGUGAUCUGAAGAGAGACUCUGCUCUGAACCCCGCCACUCCCCCUCACACCCCAGGCCGGCACGGACUGACAUCCACGCCUCCACAGAAGCCGGUGUCCCAGCACGCAGCACAGAGGCCAGGAGAUGACACUGAGCUGGCUCAGGGCGGACAGGCCCAGGUGGCCAACGGCGUGAUGGCAGGUGUGAUGGCAGCACCACUGCAGCAGGCGGAGCGCGGGAGGGAGGCCAUGGCCUCACCCAGUCCAGAUCCCCUGGCUCAGACUGCCAAGCCCUUGCUAGAGGUGCAUUUAGUGAAUGGAGAGCGAGAGGCAGCCACCCCCGGCUCUGUAUCACCUGUCGCCGAUGACGGAGGUGGCGAUGCUUUCGAGAGUAGCAGCAGGACUCCAGGUGCAGGCCCAGAGCUCCCCCUGAAGGGAGAAGCAGCCGAGAAGGAAGCCUGGCUCCAGGAAGGAGAGAAUGGAGAGAGCCCUGGGGAGCAGGAGCAGCACCCGGAGACCAAGGAAACAAAUGAGCAAAAACUUCACAAAAUAGCCAAUGAACUUUUGCUCACAGAAAGAGCUUACAUCAACCGACUUGACCUCUUAGAUCAGGUAUUUUACUGUAAACUACUGGAAGAAGCCAACCGAGGCUCAUUCCCAGCUGAGAUGGUGAAUAAAAUCUUUUCUAACAUUUCAUCAAUACAUGCCUUCCAUAGUAAAUUCCUACUGCCAGAGCUGGAGAAACGAAUGCAAGAAUGGGAAACCACUCCUAGAAUUGGCGACAUCCUUCAGAAACUGGCACCGUUCCUUAAGAUGUAUGGAGAGUAUGUGAAGGGAUUUGAUAACGCAAUGGAGUUGGUUAAAAAUAUGACAGAACGAAUCCCCCAGUUCAAAUCAGUGAUUGAAGACAUUCAGAGGCAGGAGAUCUGUGGGAGCCUGAGUCUGCAGCACCACAUGCUGGAGCCCGUUCAGCGGAUCCCCCGCUACGAGAUGCUUCUGAAGGAUUACCUGCGGAAGCUGCCCUCCGACUCCCCAGACUGGAGCGAUGCAAAAAAAUCGCUUGAAAUUAUAUCUACAGCAGCAAGUCAUUCUAAUAGUGCAAUAAGAAAAAUGGAAAACCUAAAGAAACUCUUAGAGAUUUAUGAAAUGUUGGGAGAAGAAGAAGACAUUGUCAAUCCUUCAAAUGAACUAAUAAAAGAAGGACAGAUACUCAAACUAGCUGCUCGCAAUACAUCAGCACAAGAACGCUACCUUUUCUUAUUCAACAACAUGUUGCUCUACUGUGUGCCCAGAUUCAGCUUGGUGGGCUCAAAGUUCACAGUGCGGAACAGGGUUGGAAUCGAUGGAAUGAAAAUUGUAGAGACUCACAAUGAAGAAUAUCCACAUACUUUCCAGGUGUCUGGCAAAGAGCGAACGCUGGAACUGCAGGCCAGUUCUGAGCAAGACAAAGAAGAAUGGAUCAAGGCUCUUCAAGAGACUAUUGAUGCUUUUCAUCAAAGGCAUGAAACCUUCAGGAAUGCAAUUGCAAAGGAUAAUGACAUUCACGCUGAGGUUUCUACCGCCGAGCUAGGGAAGAGAGCCCCACGGUGGAUCCGAGACAACGAAGUAACCAUGUGUAUGAAAUGCAAAGAGUCUUUCAAUGCCCUGACCCGGAGGCGGCACCACUGCCGAGCUUGUGGACACGUGGUUUGUUGGAAGUGUUCUGACUACAAAGCCCAACUGGAGUAUGACGGGGGAAAAUGGAGCAAAGUUUGUAAAGAUUGUUAUCAAAUAAUAAGUGGAUUCACAGACAGUGAAGAAAAGAAAAGGAAAGGAAUUUUAGAGAUCGAAUCGGCAGAAGUCUCAGGAAACAGCGUGGUAUGCAGCUUUCUUCAGUACAUGGAGAAGUCGAAGCCUUGGCAGAAAGCUUGGUGUGUGAUCCCCAAGCAAGACCCUCUCGUGCUGUACAUGUACGGGGCCCCCCAGGAUGUCAGAGCACAGGCCACAAUUCCACUUCUGGGCUACAUCGUGGACGACAUGCCACGGAGCGCAGACCUGCCACACAGUUUCAAACUGACCCAGUCGAAGUCCGUGCACAGCUUUGCUGCCGACAGCGAGGAACUGAAGCAGAAGUGGCUGAAAAUCGUCCUCUUAGCCGUCACAGGUGAGACACCAGAUGGGCCAAAUGAGCACCUAGCCAACCUGGAUGAUCACCCCGAACCUAAGCAGAAAUCCGAAUGCUGAACUCCAGCAAGAUGUACAGCUCGAGAUAUUCCCCGCUCUCCUUACUCAUUUCUUAGCACUUUAUGUUGAAAUUACAGGCUCGUGAAUGCAUCUGUGGAGGACUCUUUCCUUAUGUUUGUGUACUCUUGGUAGAAUUAAGGUGCACAGUUUUGAGGUAAUGUGAAAAAUGGAAAUUUUUUUUUUUAAAUCAGCUUUUCCUUGAACGUGCGCUGUCUUGAAGAAAACGGUGUCGAUUGUAUCACUACCAGGUAGAAUGGGCCACUUUCGUUACAGAAAUCCUUCACUGUCGCUCCUUCCUAGGUAGGACCUGUAACAGUCUGAAAGAUAUACCUCCAUAUUGCCAAAAUAGAUCCAUGGUGAAAAAUACAGGGACAGGUUAGGGAAUUGUAUUAACUUACUUAGUUUAUAAAUCUCUAGCUGCAUAAACGGUGUCCUUUUACAAUGAGAAAAAUUACAAACUGUGGUGUUCAGACUUUGGACGUAGUAAAAAUAAGAGAUACUUGUUUUUGUAGACAUACUCCUAAGAAUACAGUUAUCUAAAGUACAUA